UAAACUGCUCGUUAACGUUGAUGUUUGACGUUUGCAGGGUUAUCAGCAGCAGCGGGAUGGCUAGCUGAAGUAAAUGCUGUCUGGCGGUUCAGGUGAACGUUGAAGGGGGGAGGGCGGGCCAACAAUGGACGUCACUCUCAUAUUGUCCGCUGUCAUUUUCACGUUGCUCGCAAUCGUGGUCGCGACGUCGUUGCUGAAAGGCUCGCUGCCCGCGGCGAACGCGCGCGGUGGCUUCAGUCGUAAAGGAGAGCGCGCGGCCGAAGGGUCGGCGAAGCUGAACGGUCACGUAGCAGCCGAGCGGAAGAAGAAGGAGGAAGACAACUGGAGCGAGAUCAGUGGGAGCUCACACGACCACUGGGAUGUAGUGAAAUCUGAGCAGGAACACCCCCACUUUCAGACAGAAGAGGGUGCAUGUGUCAAGUACUCGUCCUCCACAUUGAGCUCCAGCUUAGAGGUGGACUCGUGCGAAGCCUCGUCAGGGAGGAGCCGCGGGUCGUUCAUCGGGCUCUCUGGUACGGAGCUCCUAAAGUGUGCUUUCUCUUCUCCUCAGACAGAAGGAGCCACAGAGAGCCCUGGGGACAACCUGAAAGUGGAAUCAGAUGCAAAUAAUUCCUUGAAGUAUGUUCCUGGAAAGGCACGAUCACACCAUUUAGAGGCAAUGAUGUCCAAAGAAGAGCUGGAAGAGGAGCAAAGGGUACAGAGGGAGCAGCUUGCUGCAAUCUUCCAACUGCUGAAAGACAACAAGGAGACGUUUGGGAACAUGUCUGAAGGAGACUUGGAGGAGCAACUCAGACUCUACUCUAUCUGAGGCUUCUAUUGAACCUUAUCAUCUGCAGGACGUAUUCAGGACUCCAAAUAAUUUAAUUCCCUUGCAGUAUUUCAACACAGCUGUCCAUCUCACUAACCGGUAUUUUUUUGUUGUGUUUAUAAUUUGUAUCACACACACUUACACUCCUCCACCUGUCAUAUAACCUUGAAAAAAUUACAAUGGAUCAUUGUUUCUGUUGGUUACUUGGGAUAACAUUGGACCUGUUGUAAUAAACCAGAAUGUUGUGUGAA